AUGUUUAAGAUAACCACCGAAGUCAUCACAGGUGCAGAAGUGCGCGAAGCAGUGGAGGGACCGGAUGCUGGCGCGGUGGUACUUUUCUUCGGUACAGUUCGGAACAACACCGAUGGCAGAGUGGUAAGAUGCCUUGAAUAUGAAGCAUAUCCGCCAAUGGCAGAGAAGAAGAUGGCGGAAAUUGCGCAGGAAAUCUCGGAGAAAUGGGGACUUGAUCGCGUUGCGAUGGUUCAUCGCGUUGGGAAGUUAGAGAUUGGCGAGGUGAGUGUGGCAGUAGCAGUCGCGUCACCGCAUCGUAAAGACGGAUUUGAAGCGUGUAAAUAUGCGAUGGACCGCCUCAAGCAGAUUGUCCCCAUCUGGAAGCGCGAAGUGUGGGCAGAUGGUGAAACGGAAUGGGUGAAACCUGAUGCUGUUUUUUUCGAUGCGCCUAAGCCACACAAAACCGCUCCACAAACUGACUAA